AGGUUCUCAAACCCUAGUUUCUCCAAGGCCAACGCAGAGCUCAUCUUCAUCGCACCGCCGCUUUGUUGCGCUAGCCAAUCAGCAGGCAGAAGAGAUGGUGAAGUUCCUGAAGCCAAACAAGGCAGUGAUCCUGCUGCAGGGACGGUUCGCCGGGCACAAGGCUGUGAUCGUGAAGAAUUUCGACGACGGCACCCGCGACAGGCCGUACGGGCACUGCCUUGUUGCUGGCAUCGCAAAGUACCCCAGCAAAGUCAUUCGCAAGGAUUCAGCGAAGAAGCAGGCGAAGAAAUCGCGUGUCAAGGCGUUCAUUAAGGUCGUUAAUUACAACCACAUUAUGCCCACGCGUUACACCCUCGACGUGGAUCUCAAGGAUGUCGUGACCGGCGACGCACUGGUGUCGCGUGACAAGAAGGUGACCACGGGUAAGGAGAUCAAGGCCCGGUUUGAGGAGAGGUUUAAGACUGGGAAGAACCGUUGGUUUUUCUCGAAGCUCAGGUUCUGAGGUGAAAGCCUUCAUAAUGAUGUUGUGCUCGAAUUAUCUUGCUCUUUUAGGUGUUUUGAUUGAUAAGCUAUUUCUCGCGGACUAUAUUAAUAUUUUGGUGGGAAUUUGAGGAUUUUGAACUUCAAUGAAUUGUGGUUUAUAA